GGCGAGAUCCAUGAGCUGCUUGAAUGUCUGACUAUGCUGUCUUCGUGCUGCCGGAAUUCGAUCCGAACGACUACGCGAACGCCAUCCUAGCUGGAGAACCCUACCCUCCACAGGCAGGCAAGACCAAGCCCGUGAAGACCCCGGGUUUGGCACCUGCUAGUGAGGACGUUUCUGUGGCGAUCUCCAAGCUGACCUUCAACUUGGAUGAUGUGGAGAAGCAGCUAAAGAAUGUGGUCACCACGCAUCACGAGAGUCUACUCGUGCAGGCUGCUGGGGUAUCGGGCCUAGAGAGCUCACUGGGCUCGGUCCGCACUGGCCUAAACGAGCUCGGUUCCUCUCUCGAGAAGCUCCGCGUCAAGAUACGAAUGCCCUAUCAAUCCCUUCAGAAACAUGUUACCAAGCUCGAUCGAAUACAGCAGGCAUCCGACAUCCUGCGGCGGACAUCACGCUUCGUCAUUCUCGUGCGGCGGCUUGAGGUUCAGCUGGCGGAGAUGAAUAAGACUGACACGUCUGCCGCAAUUGAGAGCGCGAAAUCGAACUCUGCCUCAACGUCAGCUGGGACAUCGGCUGGCCGUGCAGAAACGCCUCUGGCCGAAAACGAAGAUGAGAAGGAGCGUGCGAUUGCUAAGGCUGCUCUCACUAUUGCUGAGUUGACGACCCUGCUGAAUCCCCCAGCGGUUGGUGAAGCCAGUGCAGACGAGCCGAGUGCGGGCGACCACAUACCCCUCAGCUCAAUCAAGGCCGUCGCCGCUCAUCUGCCGUUCGUUGAUGCCGCACAUGCACGCAUAACCAGCGAUAUGGAGGCGAUGGUCCUGACUGGCCUCGGGACACUAAACCAGUCCCUUCUUGCAAGCUCACUUCAGACGGCGCAUAACCUUCGAGUGUUGCCUGACCUUGUGCAGAAUCUGGUCAGCGAUUUGAGUCAGGCAGUCGAGGAUCGGAUACGAACCGCCUUGGACCUGACACGAAUAUCCAAGGAUAUCAUAGCGAAAGAAACAAACUCAAUCGGCCAGGGGCUGCUAUACAAGUCGCGUGUGAGAACAGAACCGACAAGCGUGACAGCCCCACAAUGGACUGCCGCGUUGUGGGGAAGCCUCGAGAGCCUCAUCGAGGAGAUGUCGGAUUGCUGCGUCAAGGUGUACACCCUCGAGAAAGUGCUGAGGAUCAAGCGCGAUCCCGUGACCGACGUCGUAUUCCUGGACGAGGCCAUGAAAGUUCUCGAGAACAGGCCAAGCACCACAUUCUGGUCGUCUUUGGGUCGAUCAUUAGAGAAGCAUGCGCGGGAUGCUGCGAAAAGCUCAACGUUUCUUCAGCAAACCCUUAGCACGAACUACCCACGUCUACUGCGCUUGUUCCAUUCGUUCUUCACGAAGAUCGCGGUGCAUACGGAUACUGUAUACUCGCAGACACAACAAAGUCCUGAGACGAUUCUUGUCCUCCGUGCACUCUCUAACUUCGAAUCGCUCUACCUUUCUCGCUCGUCCAACCGCCUCAACGAGGCCGUCGGCCAAGCGUUCUCCGGAGGCUCACGCGCACCUCCUGGGACAUCCGAGGGGAUCAACAUCGCUCGUGCCGUUGCGAACGAGCUCGACUCCGCCAAGUUCGAUCCAAUACUGGUGCAGUCUGUCGCUCGGUAUGCGGUAUCGAGCUUAGAGUUAAUGUUCACCAGGUUAGACAGCUUAAUCGCGAGAGAACGCGCGGCAACGAGCCUAGUCGGCCCCGUUGCAACAGCGCAGCAAGUAUUGAAUAGUUCGCUCGCUACAUGUGUCUACCAUACUUGGGCGCGACUGGACAAACUGCGAGAAGAGUACCCAGACAAGGUCGUGUCGAUCCUCCAACCAGUCCUCGAUAAACUCCACGACACAUUCGACAAGAUCGUCGACCCUCUCCUAGCCUCCAUCCGCCGCGAGCUCGCCGCAAUCAUAGCCAAGCUCCACCGCAUGGAUUUUGCCGCCUCCACAGACCCGAUGUCCGCUAUGGGCGGCGGCGCCUCUCCAUACAUGAAGGACCUCGUCGAAAAGCUCGCGUUCAUCAAGGAUGAGAUUCUUGCGCAGUACCACGUACCCGAGGUCAGCCGGCAGUGGGUGCUCGCGACGGUGCGAUUCGUGAUUCAGACAUUCGUUCUGCACGCGUCGAUCGCGAAGCCGCUGGGCGAAAGCGGGAAGCUACAGCUGACGACGGACAUGACCGAGCUCGAGUUCGCGCUGAGCGCGUUCAUGAGCGACAAGACACAGAGCGGGAGGCGCGGCGCGGACUGGGAGAGCGUGGGAGAGGACUAUCGUGCAUUGCGCGCCAUGCGACAGCUGCUCUUCCUGGAUAACGCGGCGCUCGCGUCGCCGAACGCCACCGUCGGGCUACCCCCGCUCAUCGUGCUACACCAUAUCCUCGUGCGCUCACCCAUCACGCUCCCUCACGAACUGCACGGCUGGGCGGAAGCCGAGUACGUGCGCUGGGUGGAGGAGCACUCCGAGGAGGAAGCGUGGACGCUUGUCGACGGCGACGUCACGCACUGGGAGAAGAUCACCGAAACGGAGGGCGGGGACGUGAGCUUGGCGGCCGAGUACGUGCAACUGGCCCGCACGGUGCUCUCGAACGCCCAGAAGAGCACCAGCUCGUGAAAGCUGAUGCAUAUGGGUGAUGUCUUUUGUAGACAGUGUGACAGUCAUCCUGAUAUGCCUCCGGGACGCCACUGCUGUCAAUGUCUUCCGUUUCUACGACUAUUUGAGACGCAACUGCUCUACAAGAUAUGAUUCACAAGGCGCUGAGAGCUUGCUCAGCUUGCUAAGGGUGUUCCUGUAAUUGCUCUCGAUUGGUUUCGACGAACGAUCUCUAUCAGGGUUAUAGUCACUGUGAUAUGUAAUUUUAGCCGAAGUGGGGUGCUGGUUUAUG